CGGGGCCGGCGUGAGGCGGAGCGGUGGCACCGGUCGGGGACGCGGGGUGUGCAGAACACCAGUUUGGGAGGAACAGCAAAGAGAGUUAAGGACAAAAGCUGAUGGACCAUUACAUCUUCCAAAAUGAGCCUUUUCACACUUUCCUACUGGAAAAUAACAUGUCCUGAAGAGAGAAGAAUUCAGUACCAGACUGUCUUAAGCACUACCCAUGGUGCAGCUUCUGAGGACAGCUUGAUUUCUGUGACUUGAAGAAGGAGGCACAUGUGCAGUGAGCCAAGAGGACAUGGGCUUCCAGUGCUUCUGGAACAAUGAUCAGGUACUGGGCCCACAUGUCACAUGUGAGUUGUGUCCUACAAAUGCUCUGAGCACCCCUUUGGGCCGUCUCCUUGAUGCACACUCACGGCAUCAUGGCCAGCACUCAGGAGCGCCUGAGCCUGUCUUCCUCUCCCAACUCCAUCGGCAAAGCGUUCUGUGAGGACAAAGACUUGGGGAGGUUCCCCGACGAGCACCCCGCAGCCGGGAGCCACGCGUCCCCUGAGCUUCUGGAGGACGUGCGGGAGCGGGGCUCGCUGCCGGCCGAGCUGCUGGAGGGUGUGAGCAGCCCGGGCACGGCGGCCGUGUUGACCAGCAUCAGCGAGGACGCCCGCGACCAGUUUGAGAACAGCGUGCUGCAGCUGCGGGAGCAGGACGAGCCCGAGCCGGGGCUGCCGCAGGGCACGCGCAGCCCGGGAGACGGCGACACCGGCGGUGCCACCGAUGAUGUGAAGGUCCAGUUCAACCGGACGGGCAGCGGCAGCGGCGGCUUCCUCGAGGGGCUCUUCGGGUGCCUGCGGCCCGUGUGGAACAUCAUAGGCAAGGCCUACUCCACGGACUACAAGCUGCAGCAGCAAGACACGUGGGAGGUGCCAUUCGAGGAGAUCUCGGAGCUGCAGUGGCUGGGCAGUGGGGCACAGGGAGCCGUCUUCCUGGGGAAAUUCCGAGCAGAGGAGGUGGCCAUCAAGAAAGUGAGGGAUCAGAACGAGACAGACAUCAAGCACCUGCGGAAGCUCAAGCAUCCCAACAUUAUCGCCUUCAAGGGAGUUUGCACCCAGGCCCCAUGCUACUGCAUCAUCAUGGAAUACUGUGCCCACGGGCAGCUCUAUGAGGUCCUGCGGGCUGGCAGGAAGGUCACCCCACGGCUGCUAGUGGACUGGUCCACGGGAAUUGCCAGUGGCAUGAACUACCUGCACCUCCACAAAAUCAUCCACCGAGACCUCAAGUCACCAAAUGUUUUGGUUACACACACAGAUGCAGUAAAGAUUUCAGAUUUUGGUACAUCUAAAGAGCUCAGCGAUAAAAGUACCAAAAUGUCCUUUGCGGGGACAGUGGCGUGGAUGGCCCCGGAGGUGAUACGGAACGAGCCUGUCUCCGAGAAGGUGGACAUCUGGUCAUUUGGGGUGGUUUUGUGGGAACUGCUCACGGGAGAGAUUCCCUACAAGGACGUGGACUCUUCGGCCAUCAUUUGGGGAGUGGGCAGCAACAGCCUCCACCUUCCUGUCCCUUCCACCUGCCCAGAUGGCUUCAAAAUCCUCAUGAAGCAAACCUGGCAGAGCAAGCCCCGGAACCGCCCGUCCUUCCGCCAGACACUGAUGCACUUGGACAUCGCCUCUGCUGAUGUGCUGGCUACUCCUCAGGAAACCUACUUCAAAUCCCAGGCUGAAUGGAGAGAAGAAGUGAAGAAACAUUUUGAGAAAAUUAAAAGUGAAGGAACUUGUAUCCACCGGCUGGAUGAAGAAUUGAUUCGCCGUCGAAGAGAAGAGCUGAGACAUGCAUUAGAUAUCCGUGAGCACUAUGAGAGGAAGCUGGAGCGAGCCAAUAACCUGUACAUGGAGCUCAGUGCUAUCAUGCUGCAGCUGGAGGUGCGGGAGAAGGAGCUCAUCAAGAGGGAACAAGCGGUGGAAAAGAAAUACCCUGGGACUUACAAACGCCACCCAGUCAGACCAAUAAUCCACCCCAACACAGUGGAGAAGUUGAUGAAGAGGAAAGGGGUCUCCCAUAAACCAGGCAGCCAGACCAAACGGCCAGAUCUGCUGAAGUCAGAGGGCAUACCCAGCACAGAAGCAGCAUCCAAUGGUUCCCCAGUCUCAGGAAGUCCCAAGAUGUCAACCCUGAGUGGUAAAAGCCGGUACCGCAGCAAGCCCCGGCACCGCCGGGGGAACAGCAAAGGCAGCUACAAUGAAUUUGCAGGGAUCUUGAAGAACCAGCCAGUGCAAGACGAUGCCCCCCAGCCUGGUCCUCCCCACCCUCCCCACACCCCCGGAGUGCCACAGCAGCCCAGCCACGGGCCCCACGGGCAGCACUCGCGGCUGCACGCCCACGGGCAGGACAUCGCCACCUGCGCCAACAACCUGCGGUACUUCGGCCCCGCGGCCGCGCUGCGCAGCCCCCUCAGCAACCACUCCCAGCGCCGCAUGUCCGGCUCCAGCCCCGACCUCAUCUCCACCGCCAUGGAGGCUGACUGCCGCCGCGGCCUGGACAGCAAGGACAGCACGGCCGAGCGCUGGGAGUGCUGCCAGGCCGAUGCCUACGACCCCUGCCUGCAGUGCAGGGAUGAGGACAGUGGCCAGGCACAGAUGGCGUCUGUGGAACCAGGGGGGAGCCGCCCCCACUCCCCAGCAUCCGCGUCCCUCUACGAGAGUGCGCAGUUCAUGGAGAAGCUGGAGGAGCAGGGCACGGCGGCGUCCACCCUGGGCACUCCCCAGCACUUGGCUUCCUCAGGGCUGCCCUGCAAAGCAAGAUCCCUCCAAAAGAGCGGGGAUGAGUCGUCAGAAGAGGAGGAGGGCGAAGUUGACAGUGAAGUGGAGUUUCCUCGUAGACAAAGACCCCACCGCUGCAUCAGUAGCUGCCAGUCCUACUCAACCUUCAGCUCUGAGAACUUCUCCGUGUCGGAUGGAGAGGAGGGGAACACAAGCGACCACUCGAACAGCCCGGAUGAGCUGGCCACCAAGCUGGAGGAUGAGCUGGCUGAGAAGCUGGAGGACAUGUUGUCCCAGACUCCAGAGAUCCCCAUUGAAAUCUCCACGCAGUCAGAUGGGCUUUCGGACAAAGAAUGUGCUGUGCGGAGGGUCAAGACUCAGAUGUCUCUGGGCAAACUUUGUGCAGAUGAACACAGCUGUGAGAACCCACCACAGUUUGGAGAAUCAGACUGUGACUCUUCUGAAGGGGAGUGUUCUGAUGCCACAGUCAGGACCAAUAAGCCCUGCAGCUCUGCUACUUGUCAGUCAAAGAAAUCAAUCAACUCAGUGUUGGCCGAGCAAGGACUUGAAAAGCGUGGAAAGCACAUUCCACAGAGCCUGAGCACUUCUGGGGAGGACGCUGGAGACGCCUGGACUGGACCGGGAGAAGCAGCCUCUCACCUAGAGCAGCAUCGAGAACCAGCAGAGGGCUGUGUGUUGAGGGGGAAGACUGGGAAUCACUGGCCUGGCUUAGAGCAUCAGCCCUGCUCUGUCUCCUUAUUCACUGAACAUUCUUGGAAGUAUUAGCAGCUUCCUGCCCUUCAUGGCAGGCCUUGUGCAGGGAAUCCUGACACGGCCGUGGCACGGCCGUGUCUUGAGUGUGCCCCGAGGCCUCUGUGUCUCCUCUAAGCUGAAACUCUGCAGGUGCAAGUGAGGAUAGUAUUGGUAUAUGACAGGCCGAGGCAUUGGCAGAUGAGAAAAAUUUGUUUUCUGAUAGAACUCAUAGUGCCUUCCCUUCAAACACUACUCUUCUAAAACAAUAUUGAAAGAGAACAAAACGAUAGAGCACGUUCCCCCCCCUUUCCUUAGUUGAUGUCCCCCUGCAAGAGCUCUCCCUCUGCCCUUCCCAGUGUGCUGGCUGGCAUGGCCAGCAGAGGUGAACGGCAGGAAUGGACCAUGGACAGGUACUUCUGUUGCUUUGUUUGUUUACAUUUUUAUGUUGAAAUAUUGGUUUGAACUUAACUGUGGUAAUUUAUAGCCUCAUGGCAAAGUGAAGGAAAAUGUCUUACUUAUACAGAGAGCAGUAUUGUAUGAGUUAAAUUAUCCCAUAUUUUUAAAUUUUUGUAGCUGGACUACAGACAGAUCUUAAGUUAUGAUGUUAUUUUAUUAUUUAUUAUCAUUUCUGUAGAUCAGAAGGUUGGCUUCACCGCUAGCACAAUUGUAAUCUCUGUGUGUGAUGUUACCUUCUCCCUGCUCGCCAGAGGGGUGGGAGCAGAGCUGGGCUCAGUGGCUGUCAGGAGUUGCUGCCUCUAGUGAUCUCCAGGGCAGAGAACAGGGAGGGGUGGAUGGCUGCAGUCAGGUUCCUCGUGGGCAGAGCUGCAGUUUGCUCACGCUGCUGAUGGUCACCAGCCAAUGGGUGGGAAUGUGGGAAGGAUGGUCAGGGGGUGAGGGGCUUUUGAAUUGAUCACAAAGCGAAUAACUGUGACAAGAUUCCCUGGACAGAGCAUCCAAAACAACAUCAGGGAGGAGGGCAGCUGCCCUGGGCAAUGGGUCCAUGUAGUGGAUCACCCUGGCAGGACCAAACAGACUCCUGGAGAGGGAGUGACCUGCUCACCCUGCUCUGGGUAGAGGCAGAACCCUGUGAGGAGUGGAGUUUUUUCCUGGCUCCUUCCCCCUCUCUUCCCACCUUUCAUUUCUCCUCCCCAACAUUCUUGGUCUCUCGGCCACUGGCAGGAAGAGCUGGCAGGGCACAGAUGGCUUUGCUGUUGUGGUGUGAGAGGGGGUUUGGUGCAGAUGGUUACUCAGGAGGCUGGAGGUCAAGGUGUGGGAAUUUAGCAGUGGAGAACUGUGUGCACAUAGCACACUGUGGUGUAAAGAGAGGUGGAGAACUGCCAUUGGGUGUCCUCAGCAAAGGAUGCCAAGCUCUGUGCCCCUGGGGAGACUCUGCUCAGACCUGGCAGGCUCUGGGAGACCCAUGGACAGCACUGGUAUCCUUGGGCAGUCCCACAAACAGCCCCAAAGCAGAGCUGCCUCCAGCACAGGCGUGUCACUGUCCUCAGGGCCUCCAGCCUGUGGUGAUCCAGUCCCUGACAAACAGGUUCCAGAGGGGUUUGGGUACCUGUGGUCUCUGCAUAGGCUCCACCAUGGGAUGAAGCUCCACUGGGCUCAUAGAGCUUUGGUGUUUGGGAUUUUGAGACGCUUCUGGGCCAGUUGUCCUGGGUGUGUGCUGAUCCCUCCCCAUGCUUGCCUGGGGACAUGCUGGCCUGUUCUGCAGCCUGGGCAAGCAAAGCUGCCCCCUCCAGGCUGCCACAUUUAAGUCACCCCAGCCUCCCCUGCACACACGUCCCAUGGCCUCGCUGUGUGUGGGCAGAGCUGGCUCAGCACCCCCACAUUCCCGGGAUGGUUGCUGUCAGUUCUGGGGGGGUUAUGUAGGAUUUUCCUUAGUGACACCUCCCUGGGAUUGCAGACACAGUCCCCACAUCGCUGUAUGGGCACCUCUGCUGUGGUUCCUCACACUUCCUCUCCUGGCAGGGUCUGGGGUUGAGAGGUGUAGGUGAGCCUGCUUACUCCUUGUAGUAAUACCGCAUUCCAGGGCCGGAGUAAACUGUGGGUUCCCUUUCCAGCAUCCCGAGUACCCUGAUCCAGUUCUUGUGGCUGCUGACAGCUCCUGAACACUAGCCUAGAUUUUCUCCCAGAGCUGAAUGUUGCCCUCCCCACUGUCGUGUUAAGUACCCAUUUCAUCUUGGCCCUGUCCAGUAGUGUUCAUCCCCUCCUCCCUGCUCUGUGGAUUCCUGAGACAAACUUGAUUUUUUUUUGUAUUGACCAGUGUACAGUGAUGGAAACAAGAAUGACUAUCAAAGCAAACAAUGCAUGGAAUAAAAAGCCAGUGUACUUCAA